AUGCAAUGGAUAAUAUCAAGCAUUCCCGUGUCUCAUUUAAAGCCGACAACCAAGAGAAAUACAAGCCAAGAGCCCAACAGGCAUCCAGUCGCUACUAAGAUUGAGAAAGACUGUGCCACAGAAGGGGACUACGAGGCAUACAAGGCUGAUCUCGCUGUCAAAGCGCUUUGCAAUGUUGAUAGUGCUUCAUGUAUAGAGCUUUCACCAAAUUCGGUUCGGCAGUACAUGCUCUUAAAAGACACUGUCAGAUGCUUAAGCUCGCUUGAAGAUCCCGCGAUAUCGUGGGCCCUGGAGAUGGUGCAUAAACACUUUGUGUUGUGUCUUGUUUAUUGGACGAAGCAUGCGCCAAUUGCAAAACCCGGUCUGGGUUUCGAUGAUCAGUAUAAGCUACUAGAUAGCUCAAAGUCACGUGAAGAUACAUUUCUCAAUGCUUUAUUAUAUAGCUUAGAAGGGUCUGGAACCGCUCCAGCCCGGGCAGAUCAUGCGAAGGACUACUCUUAUCAAAACAUCUAUGAAUUGGCGAGUUAUGGGACACAGCGCCAAGACAUUAAUCCCGAGGUCGUUGACCAGCACCUUCUAGCUGACCUACAAUACGCGUGCCAGUAUCGGGCACAUCAUCUGCAGCAGAGCCAAGGUUGUAAUCUUGAAUUCGAAAUUCUUGCUUUUCUCAAGCAGCAUUUCCUUCACUGGCUGGAGAUUCUCGCACUAAUGGGCAGAAUAUUCGAGGCAGUAGAAAUGAAUAACACACUACAGUUCAGGACCUGGAAUUUCUAUACGGCUGGAAUCGCCCCACUCCAACUAUACUACGCGGGACUUGCGUUUGCACCCGAAAAGAGUAUUAUAAGGCAGUCUUUCUAUAACCAGAUAUCAAAGCGAGCGCAAGUCCUACCAGUUGAUAAGACAUGGAGCCCAAAUCUACAGACAUUGGAAGGCCAUUCUGAUUGGGUUUGGUCAGUGGCCUUCUCGCAGGACGGUCACAUUCUGGCCUCAGGCUCGUACGAUAGUACUAUCAAGCUCUGGGAUACAGCCACCGGCACCGAGCUGCAGACGCUGACUGGCCUUUCUGAUUCGGUUAGUUCAAAUGUAAAGUAUGAACCCGAAGACUAA